UUUUAUACCUUUCUUAACAACAUGGAAGACGACGAACUUGCCCAAAUCAGAGCUAGACGUUUAGCAGAAUUACAAGGAGGUAGCUCUCAACCACAACAGAGUGCUGGAUUUCCCGGCGCCGGUGGUAUGGGUGGUGCUGGUGGUGCUUCCAAGGAAGAUGCCGAGAAGAAAGGUCAAAUGGAAGAGAUGCGUCGUACUAUGUUAUAUCAAAUUUUGGAUAACACUGCCCGUGAACGUUUGGGUCGUAUUCAGAUGGUGAAAGCUGAUAAAGCUCGUGCAGUUGAAGAUCUUUUAAUCAGAAUGGCACAAACAAACCAAUUGAGAAGCAAAGUCACUGAAAAGCAAUUGAUCGAUCUUUUGGGUCAAAUGAACCAACAAGAUUCCAACACAAACCAAACACGCAUUGUGUACAAUCGCAAGCAAUAUGAUGACUCUGAUGAUGAUUAUGAUUUAUAAUCUCGACACUAUGCCAUGUAUUUGGUGAACUAUUUAUAUUCUAUGACAAAUAAACCACUAAUAUCUUUGACAUGAUUCUGAGCGUUAGCAAUUCACAAUUUCGUCCGUAA